AUGCUCAACCUGACGAGCGAGAGGCGAGACACUCCAGAGCACCGCGGGGGGCCAGGGACACCCACUCCACAGCCACAGGAGCCACAGGAGCCAGAGGAGCCAGAGGAGCCACAGGAGCCAGAGGAGCCAGAGGAGCCACAGGAACCACAGGAGCCACAGGAGCCAGACGAGCCAGAGGAGCCACAGGAACCACAGGAGCCACAGGAGCCAGAGGAGCCACAGGAACCACAGGAGCCACAGGAGCCAGAGGAGCCACAGGAGCCAGAGGAGCCACAGGAGCCACAGGAAAAACAACACCAAAGACGGAAGAGGGAAGACCAGGGGCCAGGGCAUAAAACUGAAUAUCAUGUACGGGCGUGGGGGGGGGCACAGCGGGGAGCAGCUACGAGACAGGAGCGGGGGGCAAUUAAGCAAAGGAAAGAGGUGCUUUUGCAGGACUCAGGUUUCAGGUGGAGGCAGGAGGCUCUUCCUGAGGAGGAGCAGGAGGCUCUUCCUGAGGAGGAGCAGGAGGCUCUCCCUGAGGAGGAGCAAGAGCAGGAGGCUCUUCCUGAGGAGGAGCAGGAGGCUCUCCCUGAGGAGGAGCAGGAGGCUCUUCCUGAGGAGGAGCAGGAGGCUCUUCCUGAGGAGGAGCAAGAGCAGGAGGCUCUUCCUGAGGAGGAGCAGGAGGCUCUUCCUGAGGAGGAGCAGGAGGCUCUUCCUGAGGAGGAGCAAGAGCAGGAGGCUCUUCCUGAGGAGGAGCAGGAGGCUCUUCCUGAGGAGGAGCAGGAGGCUCUUCCUGAGGAGGAGCAAGAGCAGGAGGCUCUUCCUGAGGAGGAGCAGGAGGCUCUUCCUGAGGAGGAGCAAGAGCAGGAGGCUCUUCCUGAGGAGGAGCAGGAGGCUCUUCCUGAGGAGGAGCAAGAGCAGGAGGCUCUUCCUGAGGAGGAGCAGGAGGCUCUCCCUGAGGAGGAGCAGGAGGCUCUUCCUGAGGAGGAGCAGGAGGCUCUUCCUGAGGAGGAGCAGGAGGCUCUUCCUGAGGAGGAGCAAGAGCAGGAGGCUCUUCCUGAGGAGGAGCAGGAGGCUCUCCCUGAGGAGCAAGAGCAGGAGGCUCUUCCUGAGGAGGAGCAGGAGGCUCUUCCUGAGGAGGAGCAAGAGCAGGAGGCUCUUCCUGAGGAGGAGCAGGAGGCUCUUCCUGAGGAGGAGCAAGAGCAGGAGGCUCUUCCUGAGGAGGAGCAGGAGGCUCUGCCUGAGGAGGAGCAGGAGGCUCUUCCUGAGGAGGAGCAGGAGGCUCUUCCUGAGGGGGAGCAGGAGGCUCUUCCUGAGGAGGAGCAGGAGGCUCUCCCUGAGGAGGAGCAAGAGCAGGAGGCUCUCCCUGAGGAGGAGCAGGAGGCUCUUCCUGAGGAGGAGCAGGAGGCUCUGCCUGAGGAGGAGCAGGAGGCUCUCCCUGAGGAGGAGCAAGAGCAGGAGGCUCUUCCUGAGGAGGAGCAGGAGGCUCUUCCUGAGGAGGAGCAAGAGCAGGAGGCUCUUCCUGAGGAGGAGCAGGAGGCUCUUCCUGAGGAGGAGCAAGAGCAGGAGGCUCUUCCUGAGGAGGAGCAGGAGGCUCUUCCUGAGGAGGAGCAGGAGGCUCUGCCUGAGGAGGAGCAGGAGGCUCUUCCUGAGGAGGAGCAGGAGGCUCUUCCUGAGGGGGAGCAGGAGGCUCUUCCUGAGGAGGAGCAGGAGGCUCUCCCUGAGGAGGAGCAAGAGCAGGAGGCUCUCCCUGAGGAGGAGCAGGAGGCUCUUCCUGAGGAGGAGCAGGAGGCUCUGCCUGAGGAGGAGCAGGAGGCUCUUCCUGAGGAGGAGCAGGAGGCUCUGCCUGAGGAGGAGCAGGAGGCUCUCCCUGAGGAGGAGCAAGAGCAGGAGGCUCUUCCUGAGGAGGAGCAGGAGGCUCUUCCUGAGGAGGAGCAAGAGCAGGAGGCUCUUCCUGAGGAGGAGCAGGAGGCUCUUCCUGAGGAGGAGCAGGAGGCUCUUCCUGAGGAGGAGCAAGAGCAGGAGGCUCUUCCUGAGGAGGAGCAGGAGGCUCUUCCUGAGGAGGAGCAAGAGCAGGAGGCUCUUCCUGAGGAGGAGCAGGAGGCUCUUCCUGAGGAGGAGCAAGAGCAGGAGGCUCUUCCUGAGGAGGAGCAGGAGGCUCUCCCUGAGGAGGAGCAGGAGGCUCUUCCUGAGGAGGAGCAGGAGGCUCUUCCUGAGGAGGAGCAGGAGGCUCUUCCUGAGGAGGAGCAGGAGGCUCUUCCUGAGGAGGAGCAAGAGCAGGAGGCUCUUCCUGAGGAGGAGCAGGAGGCUCUCCCUGAGGAGCAAGAGCAGGAGGCUCUUCCUGAGGAGGAGCAGGAGGCUCUUCCUGAGGAGGAGCAAGAGCAGGAGGCUCUUCCUGAGGAGGAGCAGGAGGCUCUUCCUGAGGAGGAGCAAGAGCAGGAGGCUCUUCCUGAGGAGGAGCAGGAGGCUCUUCCUGAGGAGGAGCAGGAGGCUCUGCCUGAGGAGGAGCAGGAGGCUCUUCCUGAGGAGGAGCAGGAGGCUCUUCCUGAGGGGGAGCAGGAGGCUCUUCCUGAGGGGGAGCAGGAGGCUCUUCCUGAGGAGGAGCAGGAGGCUCUCCCUGAGGAGGAGCAAGAGCAGGAGGCUCUCCCUGAGGAGGAGCAGGAGGCUCUUCCUGAGGAGGAGCAGGAGGCUCUGCCUGAGGAGGAGCAGGAGGCUCUCCCUGAGGAGGAGCAAGAGCAGGAGGCUCUUCCUGAGGAGGAGCAGGAGGCUCUUCCUGAGGAGGAGCAAGAGCAGGAGGCUCUUCCUGAGGAGGAGCAGGAGGCUCUCCCUGAGGAGGAGCAAGAGCAGGAGGCUCUUCCUGAGGAGGAGCAGGAGGCUCUUCCUGAGGAGGAGCAGGAGGCUCUGCCUGAGGAGGAGCAGGAGGCUCUUCCUGAGGAGGAGCAGGAGGCUCUUCCUGAGGAGGAGCAGGAGGCUCUUCCUGAGGAGGAGCAGGAGGCUCUCCCUGAGGAGGAGCAAGAGCAGGAGGCUCUUCCUGAGGAGGAGCAGGAGGCUCUUCCUGAGGAGGAGCAGGAGGCUCUGCCUGAGGAGGAGCAGGAGGCUCUUCCUGAGGAGGAGCAGGAGGCUCUGCCUGAGGAGGAGCAGGAGGCUCUCCCUGAGGAGGAGCAAGAGCAGGAGGCUCUUCCUGAGGAGGAGCAGGAGGCUCUUCCUGAGGAGGAGCAAGAGCAGGAGGCUCUUCCUGAGGAGGAGCAGGAGGCUCUUCCUGAGGAGGAGCAGUGA